AUGACUACAGAGAUGUCCUUUGCCCAAGGCUACGUCCAGGCGAAUUCAUACAUUCCCUACGACCAAAUCCUUCUCUUUGGAGACUCGAUAACCCAGUUCUCGGAAUAUCAGGGCCGUGGGUUUGCUUUUUCGCCACAGCUACAAGACGACUAUGUUCGAAAACUAGAUGUCCUCAACCGUGGAUUCAGCGGAUACACAUCCUCGCAGGGCUUGAAUGUGCUGCCUCAGUUCUUCCCGCCGCCUUAUGUCGCCAAAGUUCGCAUGAUGCAUGUACCCCUGGAUAAAUAUCGAGAGAACCUGAAGGCCAUCAUCCAGCACCCCGUAGUUCGCAGAGGAGGCACCAAGGUCGUCCUCCUUACUCCACCACCAGUCAACGAGUAUCAGCUCACAGCGUUCGACCUUUCAAAGGGAGUCACCCCCUUAUCACGCUCAGCCAACAAUACCAAGCUGUACGCCGAUGCCUGUCGUGAGGUCGGCCAGUCUCUAAAUGUUGCUAUUGCCGAUAUCUGGUCUGCAUUUAUGAAAGAGGCCGGCUGGGUUGACGGCCAGCCAAUUGCAGGGUCAAAGAACGUCCCUGAGAAUUCAAAGCUGGCCUCCCUGCUAGUCGAUGGCCUCCAUUUCACCGGCGAUGGAUACAAAGUCAUGUACAACGAAGUUCUCAGGGCCAUCCGGGAAUCCUACCCCGAUGAAGCCCCUGAGAAACAACCUGUCCAUUUCCCGCCGUAUCAAUUAGCCGAAGACGCAUAG